AUGACCUCAGUAGUGGAGAAGUAUCAACUUCAGCAACAACAACUCCGCCAAGAGGUUUCUACUUUGGAGGAGAGGUCAGAUUGUGAGUUCUUUGACCGGGCUAGUUUAGCGCCAGAGAUCAGUUUCGAGGUCCGAUCAUGCCUGAGGGAGAGAAGUUUUGUAGAUAUGGCAGAAAUUUUUGGGAGUUGGGCUGAAGCCAUCCAAGAUGUCACCAAUCAAGAAGACACUGUCUUACACAUUGCUGUGAAAAAUAACCAAAUUGAAGCUUUUGGACUCUUGCUUAAAUGGCUUGAAAUGAGAUCUUUCCAGGACGGUGAUUUCUGGCAGAAAGAAAUUGUUAACUGGAAGAACAAGCAAGGCAACGCUGUGUUGCACAUAGCUGCUACACUAAAUCAAAGUCUGGCAAUAAAACAGCUGAUGAAGACUUGUAUUUGUCUGAACAAUAAGAAUUCAGAUGGGUUAACAGCAAUGGAAGUCCUAGGUGACCAAGCACUAGUGAUCAGCCACAGAGACAAAACAAAAAUCCAACGACUUUCUUGCCGGAAACUUCAUCUUCCGACAGCAAGAAUGAACUUCAGGUCGCCAACAUUAUUUCGUGCAAAUGUUCGAAUACAAAUUUCUCGCAUCACAAAGAUUUCCAACGAACCAUCACGUUUUUCCAACACUAAUCGCUACAGUAACCUACAAGCUGCACUAAGCCCACCUGGCGGUGUUUGGCAAGGAACAGCUGAUACUAAAUCACCCAUUAGAGCCAACGUUCACGUCGACAACACUAGUGAAGCAAGUCCAUCAUCACGCUACGUGGGGACGACGAUUAUGAACACUGCAACAUUUUCAGUGUUCUGGACUGUAAAUUAA